AACUAAACUAAAACACUAUACUUGUGAGAGAGACUAAAUUCCUUCCACCCUUUUACUUUAGCAAUGGCAGCAGCAACAUCACAGAAAGAAUUCAAUAAUCAACCAAUACGCGUUACACAGAUUAUUAAACUAUAUACUAUAAUCAAUAUCAUAAGAUAUCAUUUUUAUUUUUUAUUUUUAUUUCAAUUCAAUCAAUCUUCCACCACCUCCUUUUCUUCAUCUUUCAAUCUGAGCCCUUCAUUUUCUCAUCACUCUUUCAUUUUUUUCAACCUUAGCUAUCUCUUCUUCCACAUUUCUUCUGACAUAGCCUAUUAUUUUUUGUUUUUAUUUAAUUUAAUACUUAUUAUUAUUAUUAUUCUAAUUUUUGGGUUUGUUGUUAAGCACCUCUUAACAUGUGAAGUUUUAUUCUUUGCCCCCUAAAAAAAGGCAAAUUUUUAUUUCAUUCUCUUUUUUUAAUCAUCCAUAACCGUGAUUUUUGGGAUAAGUUUGUGUGUGUUUGUUUUGGGAAAGUUGCAUAAAGUUUAGGUUUUUUGUUUUUGUUUUCUUAGGUUAAUUAUAGUAUAGUACCACUUUGUUGCUGUCAUGUAACUAUGUUUCAGUUCAGUUAAGGUUGUUUUUUUUUUAUAAGGGUAUGUUUGGUUUUUGAUCAGUGUUUGUGAAAGUGUUGGUAAAUGGUAAAUGUUGCAAAAAGUUUAGUUUUUUUCUACUUUGAGUAAAAAAAAAGCUUUUUUUUAGAAGGGUAUGGUUGGUUUUUGGUGAGUGUUGAUUGAUCAUAUAUUGUUGAUAGAUAGGUGUUGUUUGGUUGAGAAAGAAAUUGAAAAUGGGAUCUGGUAAUGAAGUUCAUUCUGUUGGAGAGUUUAAUUUAGAUGCCAAAUGGCUUAUAGAUCCUAAGCAACUAUUUGUUGGUCCUAAAAUUGGUGAAGGUGCUCAUGCUAAAGUCUAUGAAGGAAAAUAUAAAAAUCAAACUAUUGCUGUAAAAAUUAUCAACAAGGGAGAAACUCCAGAAGAGAUUUCAAGGAGAGAGGCUCGGUUUGGCAGAGAGGUUGCUAUGUUGUCGAAAGUUCAACACAAAAAUUUAGUCAAGUUUAUUGGAGCCUGUAAAGAACCUGUGAUGGUUAUAGUAACUGAGCUUCUAUUAGGUGGAACAUUGCGUAAAUAUCUGUUGAGUAUGCGACCAAAGUGCUUGGAUAUGCGUGUGGCUGUUGGAUUUGCUCUUGAUAUCGCUCGAGCAAUGGAAUGCUUACACUCACAUGGGAUCAUUCACCGUGACCUUAAACCUGAUAACUUGAUCUUGACUGGAGAUCAUAGGACAGUUAAACUUGCUGAUUUCGGUCUAGCCAGAGAGGAGUCGUUAACAGAGAUGAUGACUGCUGAAACAGGAACAUAUCGUUGGAUGGCUCCAGAACUUUACAGCACUGUUACUCUAAGACAAGGUGAGAAGAAGCAUUACAAUCAUAAAGUGGAUGCCUACAGCUUUGCAAUUGUGUUGUGGGAGCUCAUCCAUAACAAAUUACCCUUUGAAGGCAUGUCUAAUCUACAAGCAGCAUAUGCAGCUGCUUUUAAGAAUACAAGGCCUAGUGCCGAAGAUCUUCCUGGGGAUUUAGCUAUGAUUGUAACAUCAUGUUGGAAAGAGGAUCCAAAUGAUAGGCCGAAUUUUAGUGAAAUCAUACAGAUGCUCCUUCGGUAUCUCUCUACCAUUUCGCCAUUAGAACCGGUUGUUCCAAUGCGGAUGGCUUCAUCUGAGAAUAUUGUAUUGCCACCAGAAUCUCCUGGUACAAGUGCAUUAAUGUUUCGACGAGACGACUCUGGAGAAACCCCGAAAGCCAAUGUGGAAGAAAGGUUCAAAGGGUAUUUCGUCUGCUUCAAUCAGUGUUAUUGAUGCCUAAAAAGAUCAUAAAUAGGAAAACAAAAUAAAACCAUAUUCACCAAUUGUAACAAACUAGAAACUCAAUAAGAAAAUGUUGACUAUUAGCAACUCAGAAGGCACCUUUAUUCUCAGCAGGAGUGGCAAGUUCUUUUAACAUUAUUAAGUUAACUUUUUUUUUUUACUUGAUGUAUAAGGAUGCUCGGAGAAUUUUGGGGUUUAGGUUGCUGAGAUGUAAAUAGUCCUGUAAAAUAAGGUUCAUCCAAAAGCCUUCACCUCUUGUUUAUAUGUGUGUGCCAUGGAUAAUAAAAAGGAAAAGAGGAAAUGUUCAUGGUGACAUCAUGAAACUUUGUAUCAUCA